UAACAAAAAAAAAAUACAAACAACAAAAAAAUCCAACUCUGUACAGCUUUUGGUUAUAACUGCUUUAGCAUUAAAAGUUUAUUGUUUUGGAAAGAGCCGGGUCUGACCUCCUCCGGGGGAUGGGGGCAGCCGCGGGUGCCGCCGCGAGUGCUGCCGCGGGCCCCGGUUCGGCGCUGCCGCCGCGGCCGGGCCGUUGUUUUCGGGCUGGCGAUGCCGGGUAAAGCCUCCUCCUCGCCGCUGCUUUUUCUCCUGUCCCUUUGUCCCCGCCCUCUGCCGCCCAACGGCUUCGCUUGCCCGCCACGUUCCCGAGCGCACGGAGCCCGGGGAGCGGCGCGGCCGAGGGAGAAGAGCGCAGAAGGCAGCGGGGCCGCCUCGACGGGGGAUCCCCGACGGAUGUGGAAAAGCCUCCCUGUCCUCAGGAAAGUAAACGGGUCGAGCAGAGACAUCUCAGCCGAGAAACUUCUCCUCCGGCGCCACUCAGGAGCCUCCGGGAGCCAGAGGAAACCCCCUCCUCGGCAAACCUCCGUGGCUGUGACUGCUGGGAGACGCCGGUGGUCUCAGUGGGCCGACCGGAGCUCUGGCAGGGAUGCAGGCGGCCUCCGGUCCCGGCAGAGUGCGACCGGUACUCCCUCCAGCGUGGCCAGCCCGGGCGUGCGACUCCUUGGCCUCAUCCCCUCCCAGAGCGCAGGGACUUUACCGCGGUUUAAACUCAGCUCUGGGGGGAGGCAUGGACCUGCACCACGGGCUCUGCACCUCCACUUACCGAGAGAGACCCUAGACGGACCCGUCUUGAACUUGACGUGGGUCGCUGCGGGAGGAUGGGAGCCGAGCCCGGGGGCUGGACGCCGAGCGCUGCUGGCCCGGGCCUUUCAUGGGGGACGAGAGGGGCCGCCCCGCGCUGCAGCGGGUGAGGAGGAGCAGAGCCGCCAGGGGCCGUCAGGUUUUCCUUGGACACCCACCCGGGUCAUAUCUGUGUCGCUCUGGACAGCGCCGGGCUUGGAAACAUGCCGCAUCUGUUGCAGACGGGAUACAUUCCUUGAUCGUUUCUGAGUCUGCAAUUAUUUUUAUGCCUGCCCAGUGUCCCGGAGAUGUGAAACGAAGCUGCCGUGCUAUGCUGCUGAGCCCUGAAACUCUACACAGACAUUCAAUUUAAUCUCUUGGAACAGACUGCAUUAAAGUAGUUUCAUCAGUGCACACUUGUGAUAAAAAGACGACAUGAAGAAAGACAGUGAACUAAAAGGCCCUGCUUUUUUCUAUGGAAACAAUAGGAUAUCUAUGCCUUCAUUUGUUUCAUGGAUUCCUUGCACAGCCAUUUAAAUUCAGCAGAAGGCUCCAAAUGUCUAAACUUUAUCCUGAGCACUUUUUCAGUGCUGGAAAGGAAUACAGUUACGUGUCCCAGGGGUAGUUUUAUAGAAAAUGCUAUGUGCAAUGUUAAUGAGUUGGGAUGGGUUCAUACGUUUUUCCAUACAGAGCCAGUACAGAAACAAAUACGGGACUCAAGAAGAAACAGUCUGCAAGUAUCCACCGAUGUGUGUCACGGGGUGAACCUGUACUUUGUAGCCCCUCCAAAGACUGGCAGAAGGAUCACAGGGGCUUUAACCCAAAGUGCUCCCAUGUGCCUCCCUCGCUUUGUGCUGGGGCUCUCUGAAUAGCUGGCGCUGGAAGAAAUGACAAACUUCUUUGGUGCCACAGGAGAUUGCAUCAGCGUUACUGAUCCUCACUCGGCUCGUUACUGAAAAUGCAUCAAGCGGCUAUAUGGGUCAGACUGUUAAAUUUGUAGACACGGAGUGUCAGGAAGCCUUUUUGUCAACUUGGUACCGUUUAGUGUAUGUGUCCUCAAGUUCAAAGCAAUCCUGGCCUCAGACUUGUGAUAUUUUCUGCCCUUUCCCCUUUCUGUUGACUCAGACCUCUUCCCUUUGAGGUCAACAUCAAAAUAAAGAUGUAUGUUUCCUCAGCCUGA